CCUUAACCUUGCGACAAAAGAUAAUUAAUUGCAUAUUCCAUUUAAAAUCCAAAUCAAGUCUAAAUGAAAAUAUCAAUUAAGCUCAUACUGCUAUUUUUAGAACACCGCCAACCUGUUCCUUUCCCAUGUCACCUUAUUAGUACUAUGUAAGUUGUGAUCAACAACUAACAGAAAAACUAACAGAAAUGGAUCACACCGUGAAAGCUUUUACGAGCGAGUUUCUAAACAACAUAUCUCAAGCGCCAGCUAGUCCUAAAGAUGCAGAGGACACAAUUGUGCUACCAAAGUAUUGGAAUUGGUUAGGUAAUUUAGAAAGACUCUGGGAUCGACGAGAAGUCUGCCCACAAUGUGGAUGGGAUGCUAAUCCCGAACAUCUACUCAAAGUCCCAACUCCUCGCGAUGAACCAGAUAUCAUAUUUAGUCGGCCCGAGGAUUCGCAAUGUAUCUGUUGCAAGAUAAUUGACCUUUUGUUUGAACGACAGCAAAAUCUAGAUCGGGGUCGAUGGACUAUAUCUCCGUGGAUAAAUCAGGACAAACCCUGCCUUCUUCUGGAGGAUACCUUAUUAGAGGAAGAUGAAGUUGAGUGGAACUUUUUCCUUCCGUACUCAGAGCGGAGAAGUCUAUCAGGUAUACCCAAGGGCUCUCUCGUCUCCGGAAACACCGCGUCGGAAGCCGCCUGUGAAUGGGUAAAACACCAGUUAUCAGCCUGUUCGCAAUCUCACCAGCGUUGCCGCACGCGAGAUAGCACUUUUCUUCCUACGCGACUCAUAUCUAUCGCCGGUAGUAACGACGAGGUAAGGCUGAUAGACAACUCCGAAGUGCCUCAUGGUUCACACUAUGUAGCUCUCAGUCACUGUUGGGGCUUAAAGCUGCCCGAGUGUCUGACUACCAAGGCAAACGUCUUGGAUCAGAAGGAAAACGUUCCCUGGAGUACGCUUCCAAAGAGCUUUCAAGAAGCAAUCUUGUUUACGCGCAAACUUGGUAUAGGCUAUAUAUGGAUUGACUCGCUAUGUAUCAUUCAAAGAGAUCCCCAAGAUUGGUUACGGGAGGCCGGCCGAAUGUUCCAUGUUUAUCAGAAUGCAUUCUUGACGAUUGCCGCAUCCCAUGCCGAGGAUAGUUCUAAGGGGCUAUUCUCUAGCCUGAGCCCUGGACAACAGCUACAAUUGGGUAAAAUCCGGCAUGGUACUGAAGAGUACCAGUUAUAUGCGCAGCAGUCUUUCCCGGAGAUCACUAAUCUGUACUUGAAUCACCGGACUGAGCCCCUUUUCAAGCGAGCUUGGACGUUCCAAGAAAGAUUAGUCUCUCCUCGAAUUCUAUAUUUCACAAAACACGAAUUGAUAUGGGAAUGUUAUUCAACAUCCGUCUGUGAGUGCGGUUUCCACGGUGAUGGGCCGUAUAACCCAACAAGUUUAAAAAUGCUACACGUCAACAACUUAGUGAACAGUCCGCCUCUCUCCCAACAAUAUCCCGCCAAGUAUACCGAAUAUAUUAGAAAUUCCAUAAGGUUUACUAAGAAAAGUAAGUCCUUGAAGAGCGAUACCGGGAAGACAUGGCGUAGAAUUGUUCAAUUUUACUCGGACUUGCAACUCACGAACCAAACCGAUAGACUUUUGGCGAUCGGGGCCAUAGCAGAACAAACUCAGGCCGUGCACCAGAACAAGACAUACCUCGCUGGGCUUUGGCAUGAAUCGCUCGAGUUGGACUUGCUGUGGGCACGCAAGCGUCAACCAAGCCCCCAACAACGUUCAAAGUACUACAUUGCACCCACCUGGUCGUGGGCCUCUGUCCCUGGCCCAGUUGCUUACGACUCAACAGCACCACUUAAACCCAAUGUGAAGGUGUUGAGCGCAAGCUGCGACUACACGGACGCAAACCAGUUUGGGCAAGCUACUGGAGGGCGGUUAAUAUUACGCGGGGAAUCCAUCAUGUGUACACUUUCCAAGUCCUCUCAGGAAUCCCUAGAGGAUUACCGGAUUUUCCAUCCCGAGCUAGCGGUUAAUAUCGAAGUCAGUGUAGAUUGCGAGCCCUUUGCACAGACAGAGGAGCAAAUGGCGGUGCUUAUGUUGCGCAUAGCCGAUACGUGCGACUUUCCAGCUCCCAUCAGCAUUAUCCUCAAGGAGGACAGAGGGAAGGAUGAUGAAGUAUCAUACACUCGCUUGGGACUUGCAUCGCCUCCAGGGACCACCGUCGAGGGACAAAAGGAGCGUCGGAAGCUUCUAGAUUGGUUUGAUAGCUUUAGUGAAAUUCGGACGUGCAUUAUUAUUUAACUCGAGGCUACCGUUGAAUCCACGAGUAUAAUUAUAAUUGCAGAAGUAAAAAAGAUUUUAGGAAAUACCUAAGGCUUGAAGUCAAAUCUGGGGUAGACGAAUACGCCAGUAAGGCUAUAAGGCUUAGUGGCAACUAUAUUUCAAGCACAAGGUUACCAAAACGGGUGUCCUUUUAAGGAUAACAGCUAACAGCGGCUUUGACGUGGAUUCGGUUUCCUAUCUCGUAUUGUCUCGUUUUCGGUACUAAAGCGUUACGCUAUGGCAUUAGUUAUGUCGUAUGCGUGGCUGAGUUUCUAGGUUACUUGCUUAUAAUUCGGCAGUAAUCAAAGCGCUCGUAAUCCCAGGCUGUGUCUUUAGUGCUCUUGGACCGCAUUCCCAUAGACUAUGAUACUAAACUCUCGUUUCUAGUUAUGUUACUGUGCAGAUGAAGAAUACGAAUACAACUAACUAG